AUGUUGCAUAAAUACACAACUCAUUCAGCUAACAAAGAACACCGCGAUGUGCCAAGCGGCCAUGAUAAACACGCGGUUCCAAAAAGUUAUAAGCUCUUGUCCGACAGUUUGCAACAUCUGGCCCUGGACGGCGACUUUGAAGCUGCAAAUAAGUCAAAUGCGAUGCACAGUCGCUAUACGAUCCCACAGGUGGGACUGCCUUCUGAAACAGCAUACGAUUUGCUGCACAAUGAAUUGACGCUGGACGGAAAUCCACACUUGAAUUUGGCCAGUUUCGUUAACACCACAACCAGCGAAACGGCUCGCAAACUGAUCCUGCAAAAUGUAGACAAAAAUCUGGCAGACAACGAUGAAUAUCCACAAUUGAUUGAAAUCACCCAGCGAUGCAUUUCCAUGCUAUCGCAGCUGUGGAAAGCUGACCCUGAAACGGAGACCCUGGGGUGUGCAACAACAGGCUCUAGCGAGGCAAUCAUGCUGGGUGGGCUCGCAAUGAAAAGACAGUGGGAGCAGCGCAUGAAAAAAGCGGGCAAGCCCACCGAUAAACCCAAUAUUAUCAUGUCGACGGCCGCACAGGUGGCUCUCGAAAAGUUUGCCCGGUAUUUCGACGUGGAGUGCCGUCUAGUGCCCGUUUCCCACCAGUCAGACCACCAUUUGGACCCCAGCAAGCUCUGGGACUUUGUGGAUGAAAACACAAUCGGGGUGUAUGUCAUUCUAGGCACCACGUACACGGGUCAUUUGGAGAGCGUUGAGGAGGUCGGGGACGUCUUGACGCAAAUUGAGGAGCAAAACCCAAACUGGAGCAACAAAAGCAUUCCUAUUCACGUUGACGGCGCCUCGGGCGGCUUUAUCGUUCCUUUCGCGUUUACCCAGGAGCAAAUGAGCAAUUACAAACUCGCCCGGUGGGGGUUCAACCACCCUCGGGUGGUGAGUAUAAACGCCUCUGGUCACAAAUUCGGGCUCACAACCCCAGGUCUAGGCUGGAUUCUUUGGAAGGACAACGAGUAUUUGCUACCAGAACUGAGAUUCAAAUUGACAUAUCUGGGUGGUGUUGAGGAGACUUUCAACCUAAAUUUCUCAAGACCGGGAUUUCAGGUGGUUCACCAAUACUUCAACCUUUUGAAUUUGGGUAUGAAAGGAUACAAGGAACUUUUCGACCAGUCCCUCUUUGCUGCGAGAUUUUUCAGCUUGGCGCUGAUGGAAAGCGAAGAGUUCAAAGGUAAUAUUGAGAUCAUCAGCAGUAUUCACCAAAGAAUUGAUGGGAACAAAGCCACGUUGAAAGACUGCUUGAAAAGUCCUGAACUCUUCAAGCCUGGUGUUCCGCUGGUUGCAUUCAAGCUGUCGAACCAAUUUCACGAAAAGUAUCCCGAAAUUCCUCAGGCCAUGGUAUCAUCCCUUCUAAGAACCAAGGGCUGGAUUGUUCCCAACUAUCCUCUGCCAUCGUCCACGGAUAAAUCCAACAAAUGGGAAGUCCUGAGAGUGGUUUUUAGGACAGAGAUGAGCCUCGAUCUCAUUCAGCUGUUCAUACAUCACGUCUACCAAGCUAUUGAGAAGCUUAUUACAUGCUACGAGAGUGUUCCCGACGUCCUUUCUUCAGAGGAGAGAAAGGAUGCUAUCUAUAAGAUGUUGCGGAUUUUGGCGGCACCAGAAAGUGCAGAAAACGAGGAAGAGAACACUCGCCGUAAAAAGAAGAACUACAGAGGUACAUGUUAA